AUGGCUACUCAAGCUGAUAUAGAUGCCUUGUCUGACAAACUCAAUACGAUCGGUCCUUUGUCGUGGGUUAUCGCCGACUGCCCUGUCGUCGCUCUUUUCAACAACAACUCGAUUGAGGAUCUGGACACUCUAGGCCAACCACUAGACCGAAAUGGCUGUGGUGACUUGCUCAGGCUCUGGGUUGGCAUGAACCAAGAUACACAUGAGCUGUUCGUGACCUUGACCAUCCGUAUCCGAGUGUCGCCAGUCAGAAAGAGGACUCGUCGUCAAGGCCGACUCAUGUUCAUGGUCGUUCCGUCAACCACCUUGCAACUACAAUCUGCUGUCGUUGGCUACGAUUGUCUAGGAAACAACCUGUCACAACAUCUCUUCGAUAUGCCCAGCGAUACUCAGUCUGCAAAGUCCAAGCUGCUACACUUGUCUCUGUAUCUUGGCUCUCACACAAGUGAUGUUAUCAUGCCUGCAUUCCAGUGCAGGGCGAACGUUAUGCCUCAAGCAAUGAACUUACUUCGUAAACUCAAGUCGCUGUCUGAGACGUCAUCGUUCCAGCUGUAUACCAACCUAGAUGAAUCGAGGCAAACAGCUUUCCAGCACGUAUCCAACAUACUAAUGGGAGGACACCCUGUUAUUACUCCUUCAAUCGACAUCAAGGGCUUUUAUCCUGGGGGUCGUUCAGCAUGCAAGAAUUUAUGGGCAGACCAGGGGUGGCUAGAAGCUGGAGACAAGGAUUCCUCAGGCAGAGAGAGCGAAAUUGAGAAGAAUCAGAAAGAAUUACAUGUUCCCCUCGAUCCGCAACCGCCUCCACCUUAUGAGCCAAACAGCGUGCCAAAUCAUGUACCCGCGUCCACAGUACCAUGCGGAUCAUCACCGCCACGUACCAUUGUAUCUGAGCAGGGAAUGCCAGCGACGGCACCUCCAAGUCACAGCUCACCUGUUCGAUCUAUCUCGCAACUUCACUCCCAACAGCUUCGCCCUGAUAAGCCAGAGAAUACUCUGCCUGGAGUAGACAGAGCAUUUCUUCGGGUGCGCGACCCUACGCCUGCAACACCAGAAAAGUCACUGUCAUCCAACUACACAGCCACAUUCCUCUCUGGUUUCCCAGAUCAAUCACCUUUGGCUCAAACUCGAGACCGCUUGACAGCUCAGAUUAGAGCAGUUGCGACAGACACCUCUCUGCCAUCUUUACAAGUGGCCGCCUCAUCUGUUACUGAAAGUGCCUUGGAUAAGGACAAUGUCAAUAUUCCGGCCCGGGUCAACUCUCCGAGCGAUAUCGUCGACUGUGUUCCUGACUCCGCGAGUCGCAAAAGACAGCCCUCGCACUCGCUGGAAGCCAGGCCUAGGAAUACCAACAAACGCCCGACUCUCUCUCAUGAAAGACAUCAAACGCUCCUCCACAAUCUACAAGCAGAACUCUCACCAACAAUUCCCGAUACCAUAUCUUACCACAAUGAGGAUACGACACGCCUAACGACGGACAACAUUAUCGCGACUGACCAAAAACAUCAACUCACGCGAUGGCUCAACCACGCAUGGCUUUAUUACCCUAGCGCUCAUUACCUCUUCGUCACAGAACUGCUGAGAUAUGGCAGCGCCUUGUCCAGCAAUAAUUCCCAAGAUGAGAUUGCAACUUGUCAUGCUAAUUGCACAGUCGCCGUCAUCACUCAUUGCACAAAACAGGUGCUGGCAGAAGAGCUCAGUUGUGUCAGCUCUGAUUGCGAAGUGGAUGCCGAAACAAGAGAUUUGGUCAGAUGGUUAUAUGUGCUGCGCCCUGGUGCUGAUAUGGAGUUGUUUUCCUCCCUGCUUCAAUUGUCGGUGUUGGGCCAGCGAUCACUUUUUGUCUCUCGCACGAGUGAGCAUUACAAUGCUCUCGUGGCUAGCUUCAAGCGGCAAAAGGCAGAAACAGUGAGCCAAGCCUACAUAAAAUAUGGUGCCGAGCUAUUGCAAACAAUUAUGGAGGAUGGGGUCGAAACCCACGAUGCGCCCGAUGCUCCUCUCUACUUCGGGCCAGUUCCAACUCCUGAACUCGAUCUCACCACCCAGCUUGGUCUCGACUGUCUAGAGGAAACACUUGUAAUCCGACCGGCCUUGGGCGAAGAAUGCAAGACAGUGGACAUCACCAACCAUGAGAAUCAUCUGACACCCGAUGUGAUCCGCGAGGGUGGUGAGGACUGGAUAGAUUUUUACUGGACCCUGGUGGACCUGGUAAUCCCGGGAGAAAGAACACUGCUUGAUCCACGAGAUCCUGUCGUUGGUGAUGUAACCACGCCAUGGAUCAAUGCGAACUUCAACGUCAAAAUAUUCGUAACCAAUUUUUUCGAUCCGAGGAACGAUAUGCCACCUUACGAUAUCAACAACGACGAGUUUCAGGCCUGGCUAGUGGAGUGGAGGUCAGCGCGGCAGGUGCAACACUACGGCCCAGGAGAAUCUGAAGGCAACUCUGUACCCACCAGAGCUGAAAUUGCCGCCUACAAAAACCAACAAGAGCGUCAUCUUCUCAAUCUCGAGCACACAUUCUACACCCGAACAUGUGUCCACUAUGAAGUCUUCAUCAUGUGGAAUUUCAAUGCAUCAGCAGCAGAAGGCGAAUACACUUCUCCCCGGGUCUCGGCAUCGAACAUCCGCUUUCUCUUCGAUAUCGUUGAUGCCUAUCCUCCAGAACAUCUUGAUCGUCUGGAGUUGCAUUUUGUCUUCAAAGAUGUCCGCUUAGGUCGCUACACUCACAUCGCAAACUCCAAACGCGAAUACGAAUGCGACACCAAACUUGGCCGUCAGUGGGUCAGGAUCAUCAAAGAGGGCAUCAAAGAAUCAGAGCAAUUGACGGAUGAUGUUGAAGAUGGGAUCUACCCUAACAUGGAUGCGGUCUCACCCUUGAAAUGGGAGAUUGCUCAUAAUGUUAGAGGAAAGAUGUUGAGGACAUUUGGCAAGGACAACUUGCUGGCUAGGGGACAGUUGAAGUUCGUGAUGUUUGAUGCGUUCAAGGAGUCGAGGCGUGCGAGGAGAUUGGAUCCUGACGUUAGGAGGUGGUUGAGAGAAGCUUAA